AUGGAGAGUAUGAGCAAGGAGACGGGGGGAGUCAACCCAGAUUGCAUGGUGGGAUACGUGGCCUCCAGCAAAGGGGUGAGGGACCAGGAAGACAUUGAGAAGGAGAUGAUGAGAAUGAGAGAGGAGACGGAGGCCCUGAAGAGAGAACUGCAGAGGACAAAGAAGGAGGUGGAUGACUGGUCGAGCCUGAUGGAGCUGGUGGAGACGGAGACGGACAUCAUCACAGCGGACUGGAUGAGGGAGAGGAAGGACUGGAGGAGGAAGAUGGACAAGCUGGAGCGCAACAAGCGGAGGCAGGAGACGGAGAGAGAGCAGGGGAUGAGGAGGGAGAGAGAGGAGAUGGAGCGGAUGAAAGAGGAGAUGGAGAAGGAGAGGGAGAUGAUGAAGCAGGAGAAGGAGGAGAUGGUGGCGAGCUUCCUGAACUUCAACCGCAAGUUCCUCUACACCUUCAACGAGAUCGAGAGGCUGAGAGAGCUGGAGAGGAUCAGGGAGGAGGCGGACGAGUGGAUGAGCCUGAUGGAGCUGGUGGACACCGAGAUCGCCAAGAUCAAAGCCAUCUGGAUGAAAGAGAGGGCGACCUGCAUGAGGACAAUCGAGAGCCUGGAGGGAAGGAACAGGAGGCAGGCGAAGGAGACCGAGGAGACGAUAAGGGGAUUAAGCGAAGGGCUGGAGAAGGAGUGGGCAAAGGUCAGAGAGGAUGAGGAAAGGGUGGAGAACAUGAGGAGAGAUAUCGAGAGGGAGGAGGAGAAGAUACGGCAGGCAAGAGAAGACCUGGAGAGAGAAAGGAUGGGUGAAGGGAGAGAUGCUAAAGAAAGGAUGGAGUGGGAAGGGAUGAAGGAGGGGAAAGGAGAGAUGGAGAGAGCGAAGGAGAGGCCCGAGGAGGAGAAAGCACUCACAGACGGGAUUCAGGGAGAAAUGGAAAAAGGGGGUGAAAGGAUGGAGGACAGAGAAGAAACAGGGAGAGAGGAAGAGAAGAGGAGUGAGAAAGAACCGACAGAGGGGAUGAAGGAAGAGAUAGAGCGAGAAAAGCAGAGGAUGGAGGAAAGAGAACAAAUGGAGAAUGGACAGGCAGGAGUUGAAGGGGUUGAUAAGGUGGCAGGUGAGAUGGAGAGUGUGACGGAGAGAAAGGGCGAGGAGAAAGGAGAAAUGGAGAAAGCAGAGGAUGAGGAGACAGGAGAGAUUGAGAAAGCAGAGGAUGAGGAGAAACUAGAGAUGGAGAAAGAGAGAGAGAAAGCAGAAGACAGUGAGGAGAAAAGAGAGAUGGAGAAAGCAGAGGAUGAGGAGAAAGAGACAGAGAUAGCAGAGGAAAGUGAGGAGGAAGGAAAGACAGAGAAAGCAGAGGAUGAGGAGAAAGGAGAGAUGGAGAAAGCAGAGGAUGAGGAGACAGGAGAGAGGGAGAAGGCAAUGGAUGAGGGGAUAGAGAAGGAAGUAAUGCAGAGCAGGAGGACAGCAGAAGAGGAGGUGCAGACAGAGUGCGCAGAGGAGGAGGUGCAGGCAGAGAGUGCAGAGGAGGAGGUGCACACAGGGAGUGCAGAGACGAGUGCACAGACAGAGGCAGAGGGGACAGGAGAGCGUGAGGAGAACAGGAUGAGCGUGAAGGAGGCAGAGGAGGAGGCGCAGGCGGAACAGCAUGAGAGGGAAGAGACAGAACGUGAGGGGCAAGAGAAAGAGGAGAGGACAGGGGAGGAGGAAUAG